AAUACUGGGGGUAUCCCAGGGGAAACGGAGGUAUGCAGAAAUAAAAGUUUAUCCUAAACCAAGAACCCUGAUAAGCACAGAAGAAAGCUUCCUUUGCAGGAAUGAGGUUUUACCAUACCUGCAAGCUACCUGGAAGAAUUAUGGGUAUCCGGCUACUCCACUUCUCUUCUAUCGUGAUUUUUUUGCUGCUUCUGGUGGCAGGUGCAUUAACAGCUUUACUACCCAAUAUUAAGGAAGAUAAAAUGCUCACUCUGCGAAGGGAGAGGAAGUCCCAAGGCCAGUUGGCUUCAGAUUCAUUUACUCUCAUUAUGCAGACCUACAACAGAACAGACUUACUCUUGAAGCUUUUAAAUCACUAUCAAGCCAUGCCUCACCUGCAGAAAGUGAUAGUUGUGUGGAAUAACGUUGGGGAGAAAGCCCGAGAAAUGUGGAAUACUUUGGGGCCUCAUCCUGUCCCUGUCAUCUUCAAAGCACAAACAGUAAAUCACAUGAGGAAUAGACUGCAGGUUUUCCCGGAGCUGGAAACAAAAGCUGUUUUGAUGAUGGAUGAUGAUACCCUAGUGAGCGCCUACGACCUCGUUUUCGCUUUCUCCAUUUGGCAGCAAUUUCCAGAUCAGAUCGUUGGAUUUGUCCCCAGAAAGCACAUCCCUAGCCCUGCGGGGAUUUUCAGCUACGGGAGUUUUGAACUUCAGGGUCCUGCCAUCGGCAAUGGAGACCAGUAUUCAAUGAUCCUAAUAGGAGCUGCCUUCUUCAACAGCGCCUACCUAGAACUUUUUCAAAAGCAGCCUGAAGCUGUUCACGCCAUGAUCGAUGAGACUCAAAAUUGCGACGAUAUCGCCAUGAAUUUCUUGGUAGCCAAGCAUAUUGGAAAGCCAUCGGGUAUCUUUGUGAAGCCAGUUGACAUCAGGAAUUUAGAAAAAGAAAGCAACAGUGGUUAUUCUGGGAUGUGGCACCGGGCAGAACACUUGCUGCAAAGGUCUUACUGCCUUAAUAAAUUGGCUAGCAUCUAUGGCAACAUGCCUUUAAAAUAUUCUAAUAUUAUGAUUUCCCAGUUUGGUUUUCCAAACUAUGCUAAUCACAAGAAUAAAGUAUAAAGAAUAUGCUCCAGUAAACGCUUCGACGCGCUUCUCGGCAAUUCAA